AUGGAAUCGUCAUCGGCGUUUAAUCUUCGAUCUGAGCUUGAUGGAUUCAACUCGUCACACAUAGUCGGACCGGCCAACAAUCUCAAUGAUAUGUGGUUCUUCCCAACCGAAAAACUUGUCUUCAAUGCUCCGUUCGAUUUUGACAAUCUCACGUAUCACAUGAAAAUCAUUAACAACAGCUAUCAUCGAAUUGCGUAUGCGGUGAAGGGAAACGCGGUGCCACGUGUCAUGGCGAAUCCGCCGUUCGGAGUUCUUGAGGUUAAAGAGAGUCGAUUGAUUGCUGUCACUGUUCAGAAAUUCAACUGGAAUGACACUGAUUUUGAAAAGGAUCGAUUGGCUUUUGAUUAUGUGAUUUUGCCAGACACGAACAAGGAAAAGAACUUUUCGUUCAAAAUGUUGCAGCAGAGCACAACAAAACGCAGGAAAAAUAUUCGCAUUAUGUACAAUCCUUAA